UCUGCUGCUUACAGUCCCGUGCCAUACCGAAGCAAGUUAACGGAACCAUUUGAACCUGGACAAACACUCGUGGUGAAGGGUAAAACAGCUGAAGAUUCCGUUAGAUUCACUAUAAAUCUGCACAAUACAGCGGCGGAUUUCAGUGGUAACGAUGUACCCCUGCAUAUUUCAGUACGAUUUGAUGAAGGAAAGAUUGUCUUUAACUCGUUUAGCAAGGGUGAAUGGGGAAAAGAAGAACGCAAGGGCAAUCCUUAUAAAAAAGGAGAUGAUAUCGAUAUUCGAAUUCGUGCUCAUGACAGCAAAUACACAAUAUAUGUUGAUCAGAAGGAAGUUAAAGAAUACGAACAUCGCGUACCACUCUCUUCCGUAACUCACUUUUCGAUUGAUGGUGAUGUACUUAUCACGUACAUUCAUUGGGGAGGCAAAUAUUAUCCUGUACCGUAUGAGAGUGGAUUGACUGGAGAAGGUUUGGGACCGGGCAAAUCUCUUCUCAUUUUUGCAACUCCAGAAAAGAAAGGGAAACGUUUUCAUAUAAAUCUGCUCAAGAAAAAUGGUGACAUCUCACUUCAUUUCAAUCCACGAUUUGAUGAGAAGGCAAUAGUCCGUAAUUCGCUUAUUGCUGGUGAGUGGGGUAACGAAGAACGUGAAGGAAAAAUGGUGCUUGAGAAAGGAAUCGGUUUUGAUCUGGAAAUUAAGAAUGAGGAAUAUGCAUUUCAGAUUUUCAUUAAUGGCGAGCGCUAUGCUACAUACGCUCAUCGUUUGGAUCCUCACGAUAUCAAUGGUCUUCAAAUUGGAGGUGAUCUAGAAGUGACUGGUAUUCAGAUGCAUUGA